UCUUCGCUACUCGAAUAUUAUUUUCAGAGGAAUUGAAAAAUGUUCAGAAGAGUCCUCUCUGAGAAAAGGAAAACCGGAUCUGUCCCUGUAUAUCUCAAUGUCUACGACCUCACUCCUAUCAAUGGCUAUGCCUACUGGUUUGGCCUCGGCGUCUACCACUCCGGUGUUCAAGUUCAUGAAGUGGAAUAUGCAUUUGGGGCGCAUGAUUUUCCAACUACGGGAAUCUUCGAAGGUGAACCGAAGCAAUGCCCUGGAUUCACUUUCAGGAAAUCGAUCCUAAUUGGGAGAACAGAUUUAGGUCCAAAAGAGGUUCGAGCAUUGAUGGGGAAGCUGGCAGAAGAAUACACAGGCAACACUUACAAUCUCAUAACCAAGAACUGUAAUCACUUCUGCAACGACGCUUGCCUCAGAUUGACGGCGAAACCGAUUCCUCGCUGGGUCAAUCGUCUCGCCAGAAUCGGUUUAUUUUGCAAUUGUGUUCUUCCGGCGGGUUUGAAUAAAAUGAAGGUUUGGCGUCACAAAGCGGAAGUUGGGAUUUGUGAAGGUGAGAAGAAGAAUCUGAGAAGUCAUUCAAGUAGGUUCGUCCCCUCUUCUUCUUCCUCUUCGAUUCUGAUACAACGUCGUCCGGUUCUGUAA